AUGGAUAAUGUAGAUUUAGAAAUUUUAAUUGAUGAUUUAGUAUUUAAUCAAAAUUUUCUUGAUUAUUACGAUUUAAAAGCAUAUCUCCAAAAACAUAAUAACAAUAUAACGGGUGAUGAUAUGGAUUAUUAUUAUCAGUAUUAUAAAAAUGAAAUUUUGAAAUAUCAUGAUAAAAUAAUUUCUAAAAUUAAAGACAAAAUUAAAAAUAAUGAAUAUACAAAGGGAAAAACUAAAUCACAACUUAAACAAUUGAAAGAUUUCAAAAAUAAAGUAUUAACAGAAGAAGAUAUUGAUGAAUUAUAUAAAUUAUAUAAUCCUGAGCCGCAAAAGCCAAAGAAGAAAAAGCCGAAAACAACACCAAAAGAGAAAGUAGCAAAUGUUCAACAGCUAAAGGUGCAAAACGCCCAGGUCCUUCAGACCAUAAAUGAUGCACAAGCUUUAAUUUAUGAUUCAUUAGUUAAACCAUAUUCAGCCCGACUUUUAAAUGAAGAUCAACUUUUGGAAUUCAUCCUUCAACAUAAACUCGAAGCGGGACAGUAUAUCAAACCUUUAUAUACAGCAUAUUUAAAACAAAUGAAUAGAAUACAUCCAGAAUUAAUGAAAGGAGGAAUGAAAUCCAAAACUUCAUCAUCCAAAAUCAAAGCAGAUAAAAUUAAAUCACUUGCAAUACCAAAACCUCCAACAGUAGUACCUCCUCCUUCA